AUGUCUAAUACACAAAAUCGCAUUAAUCCUGGUGUUCCUUUUACCGAGUUUUCAAACCCAAAAGCAGAACUUAUAACAGAAGACGCGCACAACGCUCUCGACAUUUAUUGCCCACAACCUUUAUGUCGUUCAUUCAUUCUACGACAAAAUAUUGGACUCCAACCUUACUGGCGCCUAACUGAAAUGAUGGACUUUGAAAAUAUUGGGUUCUUGAAAACGAUAGAAUUAACCGGAAUAAAAUAUCUAAUUUGCGCUGAUUGUGAUUUUGGCCCGUUGGGAUAUCAUGAGACGAAUGUUCCGGAAAAGGAAUAUUUUAUUGCUGCGGAUUUUGUAAGGUACAAGAAGGAGGAUAAUGUUAAUUCUUUGGUUUAA